CAGGUAGAGACGAGUUCWRAUAAUGGAGGAAAUGAGACAAAGGAGACCAAAAGCAGCAGACCUGCUAGCAUUCAGAUGGAGAUGAGUUCUAACAGUGGAAGAAAUGAGACGAAGGAGAAUAAUGCUGCRAAAGAACUCGGAAAACCYAAAAGCAGYAGACCUGCCAGCAUUCAAAUGGAGACGGGUUCUGGCAGUGGAAGAAAUGAGACGAAAGAGAGUAACGAUGCGAAAGAACUCGGAAAACCCAACAGCAGCAGACCUGCCAGCAUUCAGAUGGAUACGGCUUCUGACAGUGGAAGAAAUGAGACGAAAGAGAAUAACGCUGCGAAAGGACUCGGAAAACCCAAGAACAGCAAACCUGGUGCAAAGCAAUUCAAAUAUUUUAUUCUCGCUCCACCCAAUGCAACUCGAUCUCUGUUGACAAAAAUUACUGAAACGUCAGCAUCAUCAUUUUAUGCUGAAACACUCAAUGAAGAUAGUGCGGAAAUGUGGCUCCACCGAGCGUUUGAGAAUCUAUCUUACGAAGAAGGGCAUACAUUGGAUCCUUCGGAAGCAGAUGUAUUUUUACUUCCCGGAUAUUUUCACUUGAAUAGAAAAGUUGGUUUCAUAACCGGACCAGCAUUGGCUCAAAACUACAAAGACAUCAUUAUCGAACCAUCCAAGCCCCAUCUGCUGUUGGUGCCGACAACGAAUCCUACAACGAGUCGGCAGAUUGGUAUACUUGCUGUAACAGAUAUAUUGAGAAGAAACAAGGUCAACUUGUGGUCCGUCGGUUUUGAGCGGAAUAAGUUUUGGCAAAGAAUAGAUCUGGACCGGAUUGUUUCUAUUCCUUACGUACUUCGACCCAAGGAGCAUCAAAACAAAACCGAUGAUUUCCAGACCUCGAAAAAAGUCAGCAACAGUGUUUUUUACGCAGGCGACGGGCGACAAAAUGCUAUUAUGUGGGCCGGCUGUAAUAGGACAGGYAUAGUCUCGUCCCUUCAUUCAUCGUUGAAWGUCCCCAAUGCUUCUGAAAAAUUCGGAAUURAUGUUAAUGCAACSUAUGUCCAAAUUAUGUCGAAGAGGAAACGCCUCGCGCAGGACGAGUACAAUAGUCGAAUGAGCACCAGUGAAUAUUGUCUCAUCCUCUGUGGCGAUACACCUACUUCUCGGAGUCUSGUUUCGGCUAUGGUUGCAGGAUGCAUCCCAAUUUUCAURGGAAGUCGUCUGCGUGGACUCUGUGAACCACCCUGUAAGAAAGGCUGGGGAUGGGAUAUUAGYGGGCCCGAAAAUCCUCACUUGCCAUUUGGUGACUACAUUCCGUGGGAUCAGUUCCCUGAAGUUAGCGAACAAGGAUUUAUUGACAAUGGGGCUGAAACGUUAAGUGAGCUCUUUCGUAGAUUCCCUUUGUCCAAAAAAGAAACAAUCCGAUCGAUCAUGAAACAAGCUCAACCGGGUUGGAUCUACGGGUGGGGCGAUCCAGUGACGUCGAACGAUUUUGGGGAUGUGCACAAAUAUCUGUGGGAAACAUUCCAGCGAUUAUUAUUCCAUGAAACAUCGCAACCAUCAACAUUUGAUCUCCUCCCAGUACUGUCGUAAUGCAAUUAGUACAAUUGUUCUAGUAUUUCCAAUAGGAGCUAAAAUAAUAGAACUGUUCUUUCAACAGUGUUGCAUGUGAGAAGUAUGGAAUAUAUCCGUAGUUAUCAGACAAAGGAUAGUGAACACAACGCCAACUAUGUUACGAAGGGAAUUGGGCAGCAUUGACUAAUAAGUUGGUUGCGUUGUUAUACAUAGAAUGGAAGUUGAUGGGAUGUUGUCAGAUGGAAGAACAUAACUGGAAUUCUGAUAUGGUAACUCUGUACUAAUUUUUGUAAAUCCUUGAGGAUAACUCAGCUUCUACAUAUGAAGGAUACUAGCCCUAUUUGAUUUGGCAAGACUGGUGAAGAAUUUUGAAAACUUGUUGUUGUCUACCAGCCUUCUGAUCAAUACCACUAGGACCCUCCAACUCCCCCAUAUGACUAGAAUCUUGUUUAGAAUUUCUUUUGAUCCAUGUGCCUAUCAURCUUAAGSGUCCAUUGGGGACCAACAUACAGCUCAAGCUGUCAGUUCAAGAUUAAAAUAGUUACAAUUGA